GCGAAUCGCGGCUGAAGAUGCACCACCAUGAACAGCGAUCGACAUGAUGUGUCCGUGAUCGUUGUGGUAGCCGCGCAGCCAGAGUCAAUCAUAGCUCAACCGUCGUCCGGUAGAGGUGUGUGCUUCAGGUGCGUUUCAGAAGAGCAGAUAACAAAAAAAUCCCAAAGUGUCUAACCGUGUGAAAGUUGUCCAUACUGGAAAAACCAGAUAAAGUGAAGCAUGUUUCCAGGUUUUUAGAACAUUAUGCAGAUAAGUGUUCCGAAUUAACAGCAAUUUGAUGAGGGUCAGUUGCAAUUAACAACAGAAAACAAAACAAAAAAUCGUGGAAGUGAAAACGGGCGAAUUUGUGUCACCAUCAGAGGGAAGUAGUAAAAAAAACCCGUGUCAGCCACUGUUGAAGAGAAGAAAAAGAGAAAAGUGAUUGCGGGCUCCAGCCAGACAGAAAGUGAAUAAAACUGUUUUGCGUGUGAAAGUAGCGUUCAUCGGAGUGGUUUCCAGCAUCAUCGCCACCGCGCAAAUAUACGAAACGGAAAAAAGUUCAUCAUUGGCCAGCGCAAGCGGACCGAAAGAAACCAUGUCUUCGAUGGAUCGAUUCUUGCGGUUCUUUAUCAAGUUUCAUGGCUAUGCCAUCGCCCUGUUGAGCAUCUUGUUCGCUCUAGUGAGUGUGCUCUUCACCAGAUUGAAUUACAACUAUCCGUUGGAGGAUUGGUAUAAUUUUCGCUUCUCCGGCAUUCCUAUGCUGAUAUUGGGAGCGGCUUGGAUUUUAGCCAGCAUAGUGCUUGUCGUUGGUGUGUUCAAGGAAUGCAGCACAUUGAUUUAUCCGUAUGCCAUUGUGUUCGUCCUGGAGCUGACGACACUGAUACUGCGUGAUGUGUAUCUGCUAAUGGCCGGUAAAGACUGGGAUGAGAUGGUUUUCGUCAACAUAAGCGUAGUGGUUUUACUCUUCAUCAUCCCGUACAUCGCACUAAGCCUUCUCGCCCUGCUCAAACUGAUCGAGGUGGAUCCAAUCAUUCCCAAAAGCCGUUCCGAUAACUUCGUGCGAUUUGACAACACUCAAACCAACACGGAAGCAUAGGAAGCAGUAGCGAUUGGAUGCAAUGGAAGCAAUAAUACUUAAACUUAAUAUACAUAUAUUAAAUGCAUGCAUGCAUGUUAUUAGUCCCACCCGGCAUUUUUUUUAUCUCAUUACGACGUCAGAAAUCGAACCAGCUUGCGGCAUCAUUACGCGACCAUCGAUCGCGCCCCGGGUUCAAUUACCACCCCGCGGGAUAAUAAGGUGCAACCCAUUGCAAGAGAGCCAGCCACCUGGUCGUAAGUGGUAAUUUCACCGUAAGUAAGUGGAUGUUUUAAUUGUUUAUUGUUAUUUGUAUGCAACGGUGCUGCCGUGUUUUUCCUCUUGGGCGAACUUUUCUUACCCAGAGCAGAGCGAAACCGGCCUGCCUCUGGGUGGGAAUCUAUCGACAAGAGCCCAUAACUGCUGCGCUUCUCUAGUAAUAAGAUGAUGAUGAACCGUUACUGAUUGUUUUUCUAUUAACACACAAUUUUAUUCACUCUCAAGCCCUACAUAUAAGCUUACGCCUGACUGACUCUAUUUGUUAAGUUUUAGAUGUAAACCAAUCGGUAUUUGCUUUGCAACACUCAUCGCUCGUAGCGAUGGGGAUGAAAUUUUACUGCCACAGGUUCGUAAUUAUGUAAGACAACUUGUAAUGACGGACAGUUUUAGUUUUAAUCAACGAUAAUCAAUUGUUAGUAAAGUUGAAGAAAAAAAUUGUGUUUUGUCGACUAACCUCGUCACUUUUGAUCUGUUCCGAAAGUCAUUUCUUUUUUUCCCUCGUAUAUUCACAACCUUGUCAAUCAUAUGAAGCUGGGUGAAUUUAGAGCAUGAGCAUCACGAUUGCAUUGAGCAAACGAGAUUAUG